GGAGGGUCCUUAGUAUUGUUCUCCAGCCUCAUUGUCUAUGCUCUGAGACCCAUUGGGCCGUGGACUAGAGCCGAGAAAGCCACGCGCAGCAGGGUAUAGCCGACAGUAGAUGGAAUAGUCUAGAUUCCGCGAUGAGGGUGAAUGCCUCAAAAGGGCGGGGAAGCGUUUGUGGUGAAGGAGGUUGUGGUUAAGGAUGCCAAGGGUGCUGGAUGUCAACGUCGACAGUCCAAGCUCGUGCUAGCGCUAUGCACGGACCAACACUUCGUAUUCUUACUCGUGACAGCGCGUCGAGUUCAGUCCAAGCCUGCGCCACGACGCGUCAACCAAAGCAAAAUGGGUUGGUCAUUCGUCAGGCAAGGCAAUAAUGGUGAGCGGAGGGGUAAGUUCUCCCUCGGUGGACAGCAUCUUCAGCUUUUCUUGCUCCAAUCCGACUCGAAUCUGGUCGCCGUUCCGACCGUGUCAACGGAUAAGCGUCCUCAGGUGGUGGGCAUCGUCAGCGUGGGAGCAUGGAGCGUGAAGCUUGAGGCUGUGAGAGGCAGCUUUAAAGUAACGCCGCACAAUCCCCGAUCGGACGCUACCAUCGAUCCACCAACUGAAGAGUACAUCCUAAGAGCGAAAGAAGACGAACAUACCGAGAUUGUCUUUCUCCGCGAGGGCGAUAGAAUUUGCUCGCCAGGAGCCGUUGGUGGGCUCGUUCUAACCUGGGACAGCCCCCAAGUCCAAGUCAACUCAUCCGUGACUGGAGAGGGAGAGAUUCCUGAAUCUGAAGACCAACAAGAAGCAGACGAGCCUGCUGACGUCGCUAAACCUGAAAACCCCGAGGAGACCGAAGAUGAAGAGGACCUUGACCGGACUCUAGUGCCCGGUGUCCUCGCGCCGUCCAAGUCGCAGCUCUCUCGUUCUACGCCUUUGCCGUCAGGUUCACGUACCGAAGUCGUUCAGGAGACCCCAGCAGCUAAUCGUACCAUCAAUGCACCGACCGAAUACUCUGGCGCGGUAGCCGGCAGGGGCGACUCCGACGUCGUCGAGAACACGCCUCCCCUAGAUGAGACAGCUGCGGCCGAUGCUGCAGAAGCGUUCUCUACCACUCCAACGAAGCUAGUCGAAUCCGAGAGUCACCGAAACAAGGCAGGUGACUACGCUAGAAACCCCGACGGCCUCCUUGAGUCCAAGCAAAAUGGUGCUUUGGAGGAAACUAUGGACGUCGAAAUGAGCAACGGCGAUGACGACCCACCCGUUCGACCAGUCCGCCAUCCCAAGAUAAAAAUACCCGCGAGGACCGCCAAGCGCGCAAGUCCAGCAGAAGACGAGACCGAAUCCAACACCUCAAACCGUUCGGGCAAGCGCAGGAAAAUCGACGCGGAAGGUCUACAAGACACGAUCGCCGUCCACACACCUGUUAAAAAGACUGUCAGAAAAACUGCGCAGAAGGGCAAGAAGCGACUCUCUGAUGUGCAGCAAGAAGAGACACCCCCUAGGUCCCAGCGCGACUCCCAGCGUUCAGUUGCAGCAGAAGGCGAGUACGAUGGCCCCAAGCCACGAGUCGCAUUCAGCAACUCCGCCAUCCAGCCAAAUGGCUCGCACAUGAAGUUCCUCAAGAAGCAUGGCGGCGUGGGCGUCGAGUCGGUCACGGACGACUGCAAUAUCCUCUGCGUCAAAGACGGCCCGCUCGCCAAAACAAUGAAACUCCUCCAAUCUAUCGCCCUCGGCAUUCCCAUUGUCUGCGACAAAUGGCUCAUCGACUCCGCCAAAGCAGGUCAUUUCCUCCCGCUGCGCCCCUACAUCCCGUCCGCCCCCGCCCAAGAAAAAGAAUGGAACUUCUCCAUAGCGCAAAUCUGGAACCAGCCCCAAAACACCCUCUUCCAGCGCUACAUCAUCUACUUCACGCCCGCGCUCAAGGGCACCUACGCGCAAUUCGCCGAGAUCGAGGAAGUCUGCAAGGCGGUCGGCGCGCGACGCGUGGUGGUGGGGAAGAAGGCGGCGGGCGGCAAGGAGGUCGAUGCGCAGGAUACUAUUCUUCUGGCGAAAGAGGACGGGGAUGAGGAUGCGGUGGCGCUGGUAGAGAGCGGCAAGACGUGCUUCAGCAAGGAUUUCCUGACGAAUAGCAUACUGAGGGGCGCUGUCGAUCUAGAGAGCGACGAGUUCAAGAUUAAGGCUGGGCCUACUGCGAGCGAGCAGCCGAAGAGGAAGGGUCGGCCGAGGAAGAGCUGAACGGCACGGGCGCGUGUGGUGAAGAGAUGGGAGAUCUUUCGGCGGCGGGGGAGAAUUGCGCGGUGGCUACGGCUAUGAUGAACCAACAUGAAUAUCUCAACGACUCCGCUUCGGCCGAAUAUUACGACGUUAAGGAAAGGACAAGAGCAUUGGUGCAUGGACUAGGGGGCAGCAUAGCGUGGGCUACGGGAAGCAUUGCGUGGGCAUCUGGUUUCCGUCUUUUCCUUCAUGUAUAUUCUUUGAGCAUUUCGCCUGACGGUUCUAUAACCAAGCAUCUUCUUCCAACUUCACACUCUGCCUAGCAUCUCAUGGAUCACUCGAUAGCAGUAUCAAAUGCGCUGAAGUGCUUCAUGGAUGUAUAUUCACACGAGAAUAAG